AGGCAAGCGAUCAAAGGGAGGGCGCGCCUCUGAGCUGAGCCAGGCCGGGGAGGCUCCGCCGCGCCGGACCAGCCCCCCGUUUUCAGUUUCGUUUCUUCCGCUCCGGCAAGCGGUUCCCUUCCUUUACCUUUGGCAGGUUUCGCCCGGAGGCAGAGUAGGAGCUGGCGGCGUUGGGUGUUCCCGCUGCCACCCAGUGAGUGGAAGGAGGAAGAAAGAAGACGCGAAGGUGUGCUCAAAAUGCCCAAACGAACGCUCAAAGAGACCAGGGCGAUCGGAGAACAGUUUGUACAGUUCCUAAAGGACUCUGGCCGGCAAGUGAUAAAGGACAGAGAGCAACUGAAGACCAUCUACAACCAAGAGUUCCGGUACAGAGAUAAUGAAAACAGACCCAACUUCUCCUCUGUGCUCUAUGUACUAGGCGUAUGUGGCCGUGCUACAAUUCAAGGGAAAUUGGUGCAUUUUGGAAAGGUAAAGAGGAGAAUAAAGCUUACUGAUCAGUACUGGAAACCACAGAAUGAUGCUGGGGAACAGCCUGCGCAAGACCCAAGCCCAGGUGCUGGUCCACCUCCCCGCCAUUCACGUGCGAAAGAAAGAGCAGAAUUUUUCUCCAUGAAGAAUGAUGUAGAGGUUGUUUCCAAAUUUGACCAGGGAAAUGGGGAAAUCCGUUUCCAUGUGUCCCCUAAGAAGCCCAUAGUGGUCCCCAUUUCAGUAAAGAAUAAUGGGGAAAAUGAAGUGACAUUCUGCAAGUACAGAAAACUAAAUAAACAACAUGAGUUCACCAUUGAGGUUUCUGAACGCCCACCUCUGAGACUACCACCAGGAGCAACAUUUAAAAUCUUGGUGCACUGCCUGACGCAGGAGUAUGGCUUCUUUUCUCUUGCCGUGAAGUUUGAGUUCACAAGCGAGCAGACUGGGCCCUUCUUCAUAGGGCGUUUUGUGUCUGCUGUCUGCAACAGUGAAUUUGCAGAAGAACUUGGUCCUACAGCAGCUUAUCAGCCUUACCAAGCCAAACUACACAGACCACAGAUGGUCACAAUAGUGGAUGGUAUCCCACCAAACGACUCUUUGCAGUAUGAGCUCCAACGGGAAAUGCCUCUGAAGAUGUACAAAUAUCCACCAGAACUGAAAGAUCUGGUUAAGUGCCUUAAUGAAAGACAAACGCUCUAUGAUGAUACCCGUGCCAAAGUUGACAAGCUUCAGAGUGAUCUGAAAGCUCCCUUGCAAUUUGAUAACUAUCGUGCCAAGUUUUGCCUGCUCCUUUUCCUGGAGGAGAUCCAAAUGGAGGUAGACAUCCACCGAUAUGAUAUGCAUGAUGUUUGUAUGGUUCCCAAUGGGAAUCUCCUCGUUCUAAAGGUGCCUGGUGUGGCAGAAAACCGCCCAUCAGUACUGAAGGGUGACCACCUUUUUGCAACCUUGGCUGAAGAGCAAACACAUCAUCCAGUUGUUCAGUAUAAGGGCUAUGUUCAUGCUGUGGAGUUGGACAAAGUCAAGCUGGGCUUCUGUGAAAGACUGCAGUCUAAAUUUAUCAAAAACAUGAAGUUCAAUGUGACUUUCACCUUCAAUCGCCUGCCAUUACGUGUCCAGCAUCGUGCUGCAGAGCUGGCCCAAGAGAGGCAGCUGCACCAACUGCUUUUCCCAACUUUGUCUUAUGGGACAUCCCUACUCUCAACUGGUCAUGGCCUCAGCUUCUGUAACCGCAGCCUUGAGAAAAAUGAGGAACAGAAGAGGGCUAUCUACCAAGUGGUGUCAGGAGCUUCUAGACCAGCUCCUUACAUUAUAUUUGGACCUCCAGGGACUGGCAAAACAGUCACCAUGGUGGAGGCCAUCAAGCAGGUAUUGCUCCACAUUGAGGGGUCCCACGUGCUUGUCUGUGCUCCCUCCAAUAGUGCUUGUGACCUGCUCUGCCAGCUUUUGAAGGAACACUUGGAAAAGAGGACCAUCUACCGAAUGAAUGCAAGCAGUAGGGAUUAUAAUGCAAUUCCUGAAGAUGUUAAGCCUUUCUGCAACUGGGAUGCAACACGGAACUGCCCAGUUUAUCCCAGCAAAGAGACACUGCAGAACUACCGUGUCAUCAUUACUACACUUGUGCCGGCGGGAAGACUAGUCUCAGCUAAAUUCCCACCAGGACAUUUUUCUCAUGUCUUCAUUGAUGAGAGUGGCUAUGCUAUUGAAACGGAGACUCUGAUUGCUGUUGCAGGUAUCCUAACCACUGUGGACCCAAAUACUAAUCCUAAAGGUGGGCAGCUGGUUUUGGCAGGGGACCCUCAGCAACUGGGACCAAUCUUGCGUUCUCCUUUGGGUACUGAGCAUGGAUUGGGGCUUUCCCUGUUAGAGCGGCUGAUGCGACAGAACCCACUGUAUCAAAAGAAGGACGGACGUUACAACCCACAGUGUAUCACCAAGCUGCUGCGGAACUAUAGAUCCCAUGCUGCCAUUCUUAAGUACCCCAAUGAGACAUUCUAUGAUGGAGAGCUGCAGGAACAUGCUGAUCGCCUCAUCACUGAGUCCUACUGCAGCUGGAAAGAACUGGUUCAACAGGGCUUUCCCAUCAUCUUCCAUGGAGUCUGUGGAGAAGACCAGCGAGAGGAAAACAGCCCUUCAUUUUUCAACACUGCUGAGAUAAAUGUGCUGAUUGAGUACUUGAAGAAACUGCUGCUGGAAGGUCAGGGCAAGAAAGGCCAGUCUCAAAUUUCCCCUAAAGAAAUUGGCAUCAUUUCUCCAUACAGAAAGCAGGUGCAGAAGAUAAGAUUUGCCAUUAAUAAGGUAUCUGGAUUAAAGAAUCUAAACAAUAUCAAGGACCUCAAGGUGGGUUCUGUUGAGGAGUUCCAGGGUCAAGAGCGGCGUGUGGUGCUCAUUUCCACAGUGCGCAGUAGCAAUCGUUAUUCUGCUUUUCAUGAUGAAUUUCACCUUGGCUUUCUCAAGAACCCCAAGCGCUUCAACGUGGCCAUUACAAGAGCAAAGGCACUCUUGAUUAUCAUAGGGAAUCCAAGAACUCUUGCCAAAGAUCUCCAUUGGGGCGAGUUUCUCAAGUACUGCAGGAAAAACAAUGCUUACCGAGGGUACCAUUACGUAGAAGGUGAAACUGAAGAGGAGGAGGAGGAGGAGGAAGUAUUGGCAGCAGAGUUGUGUUCCCUGAGCUUGAAUAGACAGCCAGUUGAGAACAACAUAGGAGAGAGUCACAUCCAGCAACAAGUGGAGCCAGAAUGGAGACAUGAUCACUGAGCGCUUGGUCCUUACCUUGGAGCCACUGCAUUCUGUAUGCACAAGCCAUGUCUGUUUCUGUUGUUUACAAAGUGAAAGAGCUGAGGAUAUCUCAGUGACACAAAUCAGGGUUUUGGUGUCAUAUGUACUGUUUAUCAGAAGUUAAAGCCAGUGCUCAAAAUUAUGCAUAAUUGCUGUGCCUUAGAAAUUCUGACCCUAAUGGUACACUGCAGCUACCAAUAUUGACAAUGCAGUGUGCACUAAAUCCCAUUUUAAAAAAGAGUCUUUCCUGUAUCUCAACUAGAGAUGGGGGUAUUCGUAUACAAAUACCCCCACACAGGUGGACAUAACGAGGUCCGCUCACCGAUCUGCUGUUGCCACAACCUCCACAAUCCUUCCAAUGGCUCCGGAGAUUGUGAUCAGCAAGCCACUCUUCUAAUCUCAACCCCUUUGUGUGUUUGAUGGUGAGUGAGUAUGUUUCAUGAGGCAUUAAGAAAUGAUGACUGCCAUCCUAUUUUUAUAUGUUUGCUGGGAUGGUUUUAUGUGACUACUGUUCAUUAUAUAUGUUUGAAAAUGCUACAUAACAGUCUCUUCAGUGACUGUGCUGACAGCUGCAUCCCAGCACAUCUGGCAGCCCCCAGAAAAAAACAGCUGUAUGAAGUUUUAUACGUCACCUUGAGUCCAUCCCAUGUAGUCUGUUAAAAUAAAUUGAUCAAUUUCUUGGAUGAUA